AUGCGAACCGUCCUUCUCGUUCUCUUUUCGUUGCUUCUUGUGAGAUUCUUCUCGUCAAAGAGGAGACGAACGAUGAAGGUAUAAAAAGUGACAUAUCCUUGCCCACUUUACGGAACUUUCGAUAAAAAUGAAAAUUAUAUAUAUUCUUCUCUCCAUGUAUGACUCAUUUUCCGGCAGAUGGAUUUCCCUGAUCCUAGAUUUUUUAGAUUUCAUUAAGGAAUGAACAGAGACAACUGAUCCCAGGAGUUAUGAUCUGGGACAAACUGUUCAUUUCGUUGAGAAGGAUCUGUGUAUUAGGCUUUUUUUUUCAGACUAACGCUUUUAAAAUUUUCCUUGUGCAGCACAUUUGAAUGCGCUAGGAAUCCUACCGUUAAUUAAUUUGAUCGACAUUUUGAUGUUUUGUGAGUACAUGUGCACUCUUGAACCAUCCAGAGUGGAUAGGGGCUGUUCUGAUCUGACAAUGCUAAGUCUAUAAAAUUCUCCAGUUCAGUAUUAAAUUACUGGUAAAGUCUUCCGAUAACAAAGUCCAGUACUUUUAGAUUUUCAAAGGAACGACAUUCAAGGUCCUUUCUGUGCUAUGAUGAAGUUAUAUAGUUAGAUUGAAAUGUCACGCUCUUUCUCUUUGCUGGCAAUUAUAUGACCACUUUUUCUAAACCAUGGAUUGUGCCAUAUGUGGAAUCUCUUAUAAUGUUUCCAUGAAUGUAAACCAUGCCUUCAUUAGAAUAACUCCUUGAGUUAUAGUUAUGGAACUGACAGGUUGUUUAUUCGUGCUGUGUGGUUGGUAAACCUGUGGAAUCAUUUGGUGUGCUGUGGUUUUGAUACACUCUCUUUUUCUAUCUUUUUCUUUUAGCUCAACAUUUCUUACCCAGCCACUGGGUGUCAGAAGCUCAUUGAAGUUGAUGAUGAAAGAAAGCUGUGAGUAUUUGUUAAAUACCUGACAUAUUAAGUGUAAAGAUGUGGAUACAAUUGUGAUGAUGUUGAUUCUGGCUUUCAUAUGUAGUUAGUAUUACUGCAAGCCAGCUUGAGUUUAUAUUUGCUCAAAUGUAAUCACCCAGUUGUAGUGAAGUAAUAGGUACAAUGGAAAAGGCACUUGAGGUCAUAUUAGGAUAUGUCCCAUUGAGUUAAUGGCUGGAGUGUGGUCACUUUCCUUGGUUUAAAAUGUUCAGGAGUACCAGUACUCUCCCCCAGUGGAAUUUUAGACCAUUGCAGUGCCCCCCCCCCCCCUUUCACCUCACACUUUGUCAAGAUUCUCUGAUAAUUCACCAUUAGCUAUUUAUGCUUGCCUGCAUUAGCUAUGGGUAAAAUAAUAGUAUUUAAAAAGCCACAGCUAGUUUGUUUCCAUAUAUCAAAAUCAAAUCAUCCUACCAGGGGUUAAACUGGAGCCUUGCAACCCAGAUUCUAACAUGCUACACAGUAAUCCUUUGCGUCUGUCUCUAGAAAUGAGCCAUUUUUAUUUUUUCCCUCUUAGGCGAAACUUCUAUGAAAAACGUAUUUCAGCUGAGUGCAGUGCUGAAUGUCUUGGUGAGGAAUGGAAGGUCAGUCAAUUUUUAAACCUUUCCCUUUAGUAUCUAGAUACAGUACAGCAUGAUGUGUCUGUAAACCUAAAUACAGGUGACCUAUUCACCUAGAAAAUUUGUUUUUAGUAAUAAUAAUAAUAAUAUAACAGAUUAGGAUCCAAUUCAGUAUGUAAUCUUGCAAGUAAUCAACAGAAUUACACAACCAUAAAGCAAGAGUCUGGUUUGUUAAUUACAAGUGUGAUUACAGACAGAAUUGGACAACAAAGUCGUUUUCAUAAUUGAUCAAUGCUAUGAAAAAAUUUAAGAAACAAACUAGUGAUCAGUUACACGUUUUCAUGGAAAAAAAAAAAACCCAAUAGUCAUCUUGGUGAAAUGUGCAUCACAUGCACAUGAUGCAUACUGUUCAAUUCAAUGGACAUGAUGUAUACACUGUCCUAUUGUGAUUAACAAAAUCAGAGGACCCCAGAGGGGGAGUCCAAAUUGUUGAUCACAAGUACAAUUACAGACGUAAUCAUAACCAUUACAAAUUCCUCAAAUAUUAUUGGUGCAUUCGCAGCUUCAUCUUUCACUAAUCACUCUGUACAGUUGUAAUCAGACAGUUGGCUGUAAUUGGACAUCUGUAAUCAGACAGUUUAAGCAGCUAAUCAUGCCAAGUCCACUCAACUAAUCCACCAAUUACAGAAAUGAUCUCAACAACCAAAGCAACAACAACUUAUCAAAAGAAAAGCUGGGGAAUUUUCAAAAUGGAGGAAUUUGUAACAAAAGACCUUGUAUCCACUGGAGAUAUUUGUUCUAGGUGUAUUUGUUUUUUUGGAAAUGAAAUGGUUAUGGUUAAUUGGUAACAGGACUUUGUAUCAUCCAAUUCUGUCUGUAAUCGUACUUGUGAUUAACAAAUCAGACUCUCGCUUUGUGCUUGUCCAAUUUUGUUAAUCACUCUUAUGAUUACAGACCGAAUUGGACUCUACUUGGUCCUAUUACCAUCAUAAAUUGGACAACACCAAGUCCUGUUACCAAUUAAUCAGAACUAUGACACAAUUUGAGAAAGAAACAAGACAAUUUUUUUUUUGUGAAAGAAAAAAUCAUAGUUAACUUGGCAAAAUGAGUGACAACAAUGCAAGCUUAUGAGGGGUACUGUCCACUUAUGUAGGCAUAGCAUGUCAACUCUCCUAUUACACUGUUCAGUUACAAACAUGAUGCAUACACUGUCCUAUUAUUGCUAAAAUCAGGCUGGUGAUAACCAUUCAUGUUAAAGAAUUUUGUCAUAUUUUGAUUAACUAUGUUAUUAAAUGGUCAAUGUUGCCUUUCUACAGGGAUAUGUGGUCAGAAUCUCUGGAGGAAAUGACAAACAGGGAUUCUCCAUGAAACAGGGAGUCAUGACAAAUGGCAGAGUGCGUCUUCUGCUCUCAAAAGGCCACACCUGCUACAGGCCACGCAGAACUGGUGAACGUAAACGCAAGUCUGUGCGUGGCUGCAUUGUAGAUGCACAGCUCAGUGUGCUAAACUUGGUCAUCAUCAAGAAAGGUGAUAAUGAUAUUCCUGGCCUCACAGACACCACUGUGCCUCGCCACCUUGGCCCUAAGAGAGUUGGCAAGAUCAGGAAGAUGUUUAACUUGUCCAAGGAAGAUGAUGUGCGUCAGUAUGUUAUCAGGAGGACACUCCCAGAAAAAGAAGGCAAGAAGACAAGGACCAAGGCUCCCAAGAUCCAGCGCCUGGUCACACCUGUGGUGUUGCAGCGCAAGCGUAAAAUCUUGGCCCUGAAAAAGAUGAGAGCACAGAAAGCCAAGCAGGAGUAUGCUGAUUACACUAGGCUACUUGCCAAGAGAGCUAAGGAGGCUAAGGAGAAGCGUCAUGAAAUGCUAAAGAAAAAGCGUGCUUCCUCAAGUCACCGGGAGUCAGUGAGCAGUGCAAAAUGA